AUGACGACAAGAUCUCCUGUUGGUGGGAGUCUACCCUCAGUCGCGACGGAGAUGAAACCGGAGGAUGAGAUGGGGGUGAGAUGGCGAUUAUUUUCCGGUGACUAUGGUUACACAGCAGCAGCAGGAGAGAAACUGUGUAUUGUCGAGCCCGGUCCGGCGGAUCUCCGGCGAUAUCGGCGAAAGAGGUGA